UGCUUGGCGCUUGGCGGCAUGCUCCUCCUGCCCUAACCAAAUCCCGUUCCCCCACUCCGUUGGCGGCGGCGCGGCGAGGCGAGGCGACGAAUCAAUCGGCGCCUCCCCGCUGCACACGCCUCCAGCCAAAAGGCUCCGCGGGAAGCACGCAACCCCGCCCCCUCUUCGCUGUCUCGUCGGUGAUUCAAGUACUGUACUUUUGCCAAGAUGUCUGACGGUCAGGAAACUGACAAGAACAUUGAGAUUUGGAAGAUCAAGAAGUUGAUCAAGGCAUUGGAAUCUGCUAGAGGCAAUGGUACCAGCAUGAUCUCUCUGAUUAUGCCUCCACGUGAUCAAAUCUCCCGUGUGACCAAGAUGUUGGGUGAUGAAUAUGGUACUGCUUCAAACAUUAAGAGCAGAGUUAAUCGGCAAUCUGUUCUAGCAGCCAUCACCUCAGCCCAGCAGAGGCUGAAGCUGUAUAACAAGGUUCCACCAAAUGGACUUGUUCUCUACACUGGAACAAUUGUUACUGAAGAUGGCAAGGAAAAGAAAGUUACCAUUGAUUUUGAGCCCUUCAAGCCUAUCAACGCAUCCCUGUAUCUUUGUGACAAUAAGUUCCAUACUGAAGCUCUGAAUGAACUCUUGGAAUCUGAUGACAAGUUUGGCUUCAUUGUUAUGGAUGGUAAUGGAACUCUUUUCGGCACACUGAGUGGCAACACCCGUGAAGUGCUUCACAAAUUCACUGUUGAUCUGCCGAAGAAGCAUGGAAGAGGAGGACAAUCUGCUCUUCGUUUUGCUCGGCUUCGAAUGGAAAAGCGUCACAAUUAUGUCCGAAAGACGGCUGAACUUGCUACACAGUUUUUCAUCAAUCCAGCUACCAGUCAGCCUAAUGUCGCUGGACUUAUAUUGGCUGGUUCUGCUGAUUUUAAGACAGAACUGAGCCAAUCUGAUAUGUUUGACCAGCGUCUCCAGGCCAAAAUACUUAAUGUUGUUGAUGUUUCGUAUGGUGGUGAGAACGGUUUUAACCAAGCAAUUGAGUUGUCAGCUGAAAUUCUAGCAAAUGUGAAAUUCAUACAGGAGAAGAAGCUGAUUGGAAAAUAUUUUGAAGAAAUUAGUCAAGAUACAGGGAAGUAUGUCUUUGGUGUUGAUGACACACUGAAGGCUCUUGAAAUGGGUGCUGUUGAGACGCUCAUAGUGUGGGAAAACCUCGAUGUCAACAGAUAUGUGCUUAAGAAUAGUGCAACUGGAGAAACUAUUAUCAAACAUCUGAACAAAGAGCAAGAAGCUGACCAGAGCCAUUUCCGUGAUCCAUCUACCAAUGCGGAGUUGGAGGUUCAGGAGAAAACCUCGCUUUUGGAAUGGUUUGCUAAUGAGUACAAAAAGUUUGGGUGCACACUUGAGUUUGUUACCAACAAAUCUCAAGAGGGAUCACAGUUUUGCAGAGGAUUUGGUGGCAUCGGUGGCAUGUUGCGCUAUCAACUGGAUAUCCGUUCUUUUGAUGAGCUUUCUGACGACGAGGGGGUCUAUGAAGACUCUGAUUAAGCAAUCAAUCAGUCACAUGCCUGUUAAGGACCCUGGAAGGAUGCAGCUGCUACAAUGUUUUAAGUUUUGCAAUUAUUCAGUUUUGUGUAGUACUUCAGAAAAUGAUUGUUUUGUCUCCUCUGCAGCAGCUUUCAAUUGCAUUGUUAAGGACAUCAUAGCAAUUGGUUCAUACCUCCUGUCCUGUUGUGUUGUAGACAAUAUAUGAGAUUGUUUAAGGUUUGACUUUUAGCAAAUGCUGCAAUGACAGCAUUGCAAUACAUGUAUUGUACUCGUACUUUGGCCACCAUGUUUGUUGCUGGUUAGGUUUUGUGUAACAAAUUGUUUAGAGUUUUGCUGGGGACAUGUUUGCUUCC